AUGCACUCCCUCCCCAUUCCGCUCCCAAUCCUGCCAUACACCAGCACCCCAGACUUCAUCACGCAGCUCCAGACCUGGGACCACCACCUCAAGUCCCGCCCGCCGCCGACCGAGGCCCAGGUCGCCCGCGCGAUACGGCAGAGCUUGUAUGCGAGCCGCCUGCUGAGCUAUAAGGUGCUGGGCUACGAGAACGCGGGGAUCGAGGGGUCGAGCUGGGCUUGGAAAUACCUCCGGUAG